AAUCGUGACUCCUUGGAAAGGUUCCAAAAGAAUACUCGCUCUUCAUGAGACGCAGCUCCAGCAGCUCUCACUCCACGAUUGCCUCCAACAGACACCACACCCCACAGAGGACAAACAAACAUGGACAACAGCAUGGAGACCACAACGACCCAGCGUGGUAGGCAAACUAAAACCCCGGCAAAAUUCAGUCAAAACGGCUCGCUUGGGGCCGCCGUAGGCGGAGGCGCUGCCGCCACCAACAUUCAGAGCGAGGGUGGAGCUGGCCGCCCCUGUAAGGUGGCGGCCACUGCUGUUCCUGCCUCCUCGGGAAACGGAAAGAAGACAAGAGCCCAGGAAUUGGCGGCCGUGAUGCAGGACCCUGCUUUUGCUGACGGCGACGAUGAACAAGCGCGAGGCAGCGACGACAGCAUCGAUGUUGGGAGCGCCAGCGAGGAUGACUCGUUCACCAUCGAUCCGGAUGGCGACCUGGAGAUGGGCAGGGGGAGCGGUGGCGGCAGCUCGAUGGAAGGCGUUGGCGGCAGCUCGAGGGGAAGCGAUAUCGGGGGCUUCAGGGGAAGUGGCAGCGACGUCGUGUCGGCAGGGGCGCCGGGGUCGGCGAAG